AGCCAUCUUGCGUGUGCUCACACAAGGAGAGAGGAAUGGGAAUACCGAAAGGGAUUGCUGGAAGAAACCGCAGACCUUAAAUCAAGAAUACGGAACGAAUCCACUCCCCACAUUGAGGACUCAGACUCACCUUUCAAAUCUGAUAUCGUCAUGUAGGCUCGCUUCCGGGUUCUACCUAUUCCUCUUGUUAGGUGAAGUUGGAAUUUGCACAGCCAAAUCUGUCGGACAGCUAGCGCUAACGUUAGCAGAGCUAGCUAGGUCGCCGACCCGUCGUUCACCAUCAGCGGAUUUAGCGAUAUAGCUUGACAACAUUGUGGUUGGGGACGACUGUUUCGAUUUGGCAUAAGGCGUGGGCUUGAAAUCUUUGUGUCACAUCGGCAAAACAAAACAAAACAAACAAACAAACAAACAAACAAAAACAACUUACUUUGGCCAACAUGUUUUAGAAGUAUUUGCAUUAUUACACACAAGCAUACACUACAGCCCUCAGUGGCAAGGGCCUACUGUAACACGGCUAACGUUAGUUGAAAGCUCAGCUGGUUGCUUCGGUGUCAACUUUUCAGCCCCCGUUUGACCGUGAGUUAUUUGAACAAGGUGGAAUGCCUUUCUGAAUUAGAAAGGAUAUUUGGAGCAAUUAUCGGACGUCCAUUUAACUAUUCAGUCCCGCCUUUAUCAUUUCCCAUGUUCUGAAAAUAUAUGAAAUGUAAAUAUUAUGCAAGCCAGUGAAAAUGUUAACGGAGACGAUGAUGUCUUGGGCAAGACUGUUUUGAAAGGGGCUGCGCUCCUCACUUUUUAAUUUGAUCUCGACUCAAAUACUACAUAGUUGCCAAUGACUUAGCUAACUUUAUUGAUGGCUAGCCUGUUCUGUUGGCGAUUUGAAACUGAAGUUAACAACUUAGUGUUAUGUUUUUUUGUACAUCAGUGCAACCUCCUAGCAAGUUCAUGUAGCUGGCUAGGCCGGUUGUUACAGAUAAACGUAUUUCUCCUGAACUGUGCCCUGGGAUCCUAAGAACACAGGAAUCCCCUCUUUCUUGGUAUUUGCGUAUUUUAAGUUCUUUUGAGCAGUGUUAAUUCAUUUCCUCACGCAAACUGUGGAUGCCAAGGACUCUGACGUGGAUGUUUUCAAUGAGGCAAAACCUCGUCCAUGUGGCAGGUGUCACGGAACUGAUACGCUCUCAUUUGUAAAUAAAAACACGUUUGAUAGGUUGACAAUCCUUGGGAGUCAUCAUUUUGGGAUUUAACGGAAAUAAAGGAUUUCGAUAUUGGAUUGAAGAUGGGAUCAGCGACCAAACUGGCAUUCAGCGUGUUCCUCAUCUCUUGUUCCUCAGGCGCUAUCCUGGGACGAUCAGAAACGCAGGAGUGCAUCCACUACAACUACAACCCAUCAGCGGUGGAGAGCCGGGGGAACCACAGUGCUAUUGUGACCUGUUCUGGUGAGAAGGACAAAAGACUCCACUGCUUUGCUACCUGGAGGAAUGUGUCCGGCACAGUGGAGGUGGUCAAGCAAGGCUGCUGGUUGGAUGACGUCAAUUGUUAUGACAGGAACGAAUGUGUGGAGAAGAAGGAUGCACCAGAAGUGUUCUUCUGCUGCUGUGAAGGCAGCUUGUGCAAUGAGAAGUUCUUCUACAUCCCAGACACACAGGCACAAAUUCCAACCACUUCCAACCCGGUGCCCCAAAAGCCCCAGGUGUUGACUACUUUGAUGUACUCAUUGGUGCCCAUAAUGGGCAUCACUGCCAUCAUCCUCUUCUCCUUCUGGAUGUACCGCCACCACAAGUUGGCCUACCCACCAGUCCUGGUUCCCACCCAGGACCCAGGUCCGAUGCCUCCCUCUCCCAUCCUGGGCCAGAAGCCGCUGCAGCUACUGGAGAUCAAGGCCAGGGGGCGCUUCGGUUGUGUGUGGAAGGCUCAGCUGCUCAAUGAUUAUGUAGCCGUCAAAAUCUUCCCCAUUCAGGACAAGCAGUCAUGGCAGAAUGAGUAUGAGAUCUACAACCUGAGUGGCAUGAGACAUGAGAACUUGCUCCACUUCAUAGGUGCUGAAAAGAGAGGCACCAACCUUGAUAUUGAACUGUGGCUCAUCACUGCCUACCAUGAGAAGGGGUCUCUGACAGACUAUCUGAAGGCCAGCGUGGUAUCCUGGAAUGAGCUGUGUUACAUAGCGCAGACCAUGGCCCGGGGCUUGGCCUACCUUCAUGAGGACAUUCCCGGCCUCAAGGAUGGACACAAACCUGCCAUCGCCCACAGGGACAUUAAAAGUAAGAAUGUCCUGCUGAAGGCCAACCUAACUGCCUGCAUUGCUGACUUUGGCCUGGCUCUGAGGUUUGAGGCUGGUAAAUCUGCUGGAGACACACACGGACAGGUGGGCACCAGGAGGUACAUGGCCCCUGAGGUCCUGGAAGGGGCCAUCAAUUUCCAGCGAGAUGCCUUCCUCAGAAUAGACAUGUAUGCUUUGGGCCUGGUGCUGUGGGAGCUAGCCUCACGCUGCAAGGCUGCUGAUGGU